GACGGGGCGGGGCGAGAGCGGAAGGCGCAGCGGAAGGCGCAGGGUCCCGGCUGACCCGGAGCUCAGGUCCCGCGGGGCGUCGCUCCCCGCGUCCAGGUCGCAGUCCAGCCCGGGGGACGGGCGUGGAGGGACAGGCGCGGGCCUGUGUGCGCACCCUGCCUCACCCCAGCCAUGGCCCCAGUCAGCAUCAAUGAGCUCCCUGAGAACAUUCUGCUGGAGGUGCUCACACACGUGCCCGCCCGCCAGCUGCUCCUGCACUGCCGCCUGGUCUGCAGCCUCUGGCGAGACCUCAUCGACCUGGUGACCCUCUGGAAGCGCAAGUGCCUGCACGAGGGCUUCAUCACCGAGGACUGGGACCAGCCUGUGGCCGACUGGAAGAUCUUCUUCUUUCUGUGCAGUCUCCGCCGGAACCUCCUACGCAAUCCGUGCGCCGAAGAGGAUAUGACAUCCUGGCGGAUUGACUCCAAUGGCGGAGACCACUGGAAGGUGGAGAGCCUCCCUGGAGACCACGGGACAGACUUUCCUGACUCCAGAGUCAAGAAGUACUUUGUCACAUCUUUUGCGAUGUGCCUCAAGUCCCAGCUGGUGGACCUCAAGGCCGAGGGCUACUGGGAGGAGCUUCUGGACACAUUCCGGCCUGACAUCGUGGUUAAGGACUGGUUCGCCGCCAGGGCAGACUGCGGCUGUACCUACCGCAUCCGGGUACACCUGGUCUCAGCUGACUACAUCGUCCUCGCCUCCUUCGAGCCCCCGCCCGUGACCAUCGAUCAAUGGAACGAUGCCACGUGGAAUGAGGUCUCCUACACUUUCUCAGAUUACCCUCCGGGCGUCCGCCACAUCCUCUUCCAGCACGGGGGCAAGGACACCCAGUUCUGGGCAGGCUGGUACGGGCCCCGUGUCACCAAUAGCAGCAUCAUUAUCAGCCCGAAGAUGGCUGGGAGCCGGCCCCCUGCACUGCUCAGCCCGAGACCACAGAGGGAGCCAGGGUCCUCAGACUUCAUUGAACAUCAGGAUCACUAAGGAACGACCAGGAAUGCAGAUUCCCAGUUCCUCCAUCCAAGAGGCCAAGCCCGUAGCUCCAAGCUGGGCUGGGAACCCAGGCGAUUUCAC